CAAAAGAAGAUACUCGUAACGUCUGCUUGGGAGCCCGAAAAGGAGCUCCUGGAGUUGCGUUGUGGUUGUAGGUUUCUUCCGAUCGACGCUGAUUGGAAGUCAUAGAACACGCAGUGAUUGAAGAGAUCGGUUAUGGUAAAGGCAGUGGUCGGAGAGGAGACUCGGCUCAAAUUUGCCGAGGAUCGCCUCAGCCAAUCUGGACUCACCUCUCAGGUGGGGCUUGUGAUUGGUAAGUUCAGCUCGGCUUUAGACCGAGGAUUCGUGUUCGAUUUGGUCCCAACGCCACCCAACGAUGCCUCCGAGCCAGCUUGUUCUCUCAUCGGAACCACCAAAGAGGACAACAGAAAAGGAGCCAAAUCCAAGUCACAGUCCGUUGAUUCAUCCUCUUUGGUCGUUGAUAAGGAUUGGGUCGCCGAACACGCCCGUCAGGUGUCGAGGAUGUUAGUCGGAGGAAUGAAAGUAAUUGGAAUUUAUGUUUGGAUUAGCGAUACAGCAUUCAAGAAUUCAACCAUAAUGCUUUGCCAGACAGUGAAGGGAGUUGCAGAAGCAGCCCCCAUCUCAGAGACAGAUUGGGAUGAGAGAUUGUUAAUACAAAUUUGUUAUAGUCCAAGAAGGUGGACAUGUCGGAAUUGCUCGCUUUCCUCGAAUAUUACAUCAAGCAGUCUACGGCCAUGUGAUUUCAAAAUGGGAAGGGUCUUGGCUUCUGUUCGGACUUUUAAGUGCAUGCACAACUUUAAUCUAAGAUUGCCCAUACAUCAUGAGAGUGCAAACCAAAAAUUUGUUGACAUCCUUCGUCAUGGAAUUUCAGUUCAUUGGAAAGACUUAAAAGGUGCAAAUGCCAUGAUUGAUGGCAAUUUGGUUAUUAAUGAUGAACCAUGCUCAACAGAUGGCUUGCAUGAGGUUGAAUUACUUCUACCAUUCAUGAAGAAUACGUUUGUGGAAGCAUGCAGCCAAAAAGAUGUUGUUGGAGUUCUUGUCUUUAGUGGCUCUGUGUGUUCAUUUGCGUGCUUGAAUGCAAAAGAACCAGUUUCUCAGGCUGUUGCUGAUAUAAAGGAUGAUAUAAUUAGAAGUCUACAAAGCAGAUUAGGCAUCAUCUGCGAUGAGGCGGAAGGAGAUCAGCCUCCAGCUGAUGAUGCUAGCAGAGAAUCAAUCAAAGAACAAUCACCUGGAAAACCUGUUUCCCAACUUUCCCUAAUCUCAUUGAGAAAAACGUGCAGUCUUCCAUUUCCUAGAAGAGUCUUUGUUCCUUGGUUGGAGAAUACUUUCAUUUGUGACUACCUACAACCAUCUGAGACACUUGAGGUUUUAAAAGAUCGCUGCCUGGAGUUGAUGUCCAUGGAAGCACCAAAUGAUGCCUCAACUAUUUUAGAACCAGAAGGAGCAGCUCUCUCAUUAAGAGCCAAAUCUUUUUGGGAUGUGGCAAUCCCCUUCGCUUCAUCACUUGAUUUGUCCGUACAGAAGGAUAACGUCAAUGCAACUGCAACGUUCUCAGAAAGCAGUGCAAAAGCAGAGAAGUCAACUAAUAUCAACGUCAUAGCUGCUGUUUUCUUCCUUUUCCUUUCCCUCUUGGUAGGAUUCCUGCUUCUUAGAAGAUCGUAGCUCACCAAGGGAGUUGUAGCAUAUAAAUCAUAAAGUUUAGAAAAAAAAAAUAAAGAAAAUAUGCAGAAAAAGAAGAGGAGAAUCAAGUAGAGACUAAGAGAGCUAUGAUUGUCCGUUAAUUAUCGUUAGUUUUUUAAAUAGCGUUCACUUUGCAUUCACAUAAGCUGGGUUUAAGUUUGUGUUGUUUGUUAUGAUAUUUCAAGUUAAUCUGUGCGUUAUCAGGAUUGCUUUGCCUUGA